UGUCUUUCACACUCACAUAUUUUCUGGUACGAGGUAUGUUGACGUGAUCAAUGUUCCGCUAUAAUUUAAGGCACUUUUCAGUUUUGAGAAUGGGCAGCUAUUGAAGUCCAAAAUACUGUAGUCAACCUUUAACCUGGUUGUCAGUCUGUUUCUGCUCUCUUGCCAACUCCUUAUGGAAUUGUCAUGUCAAACUUGGCUAUUGAAGUAGACUUUUUAACCUUUUCUUUGAAACAACACAAACAACUAUUGAUGUAGAGUUUGCAUAAACAGAAAAUGUUAUUUUGCCCUAAACUCUCUUCGUAGCCUUGUUGUAAGAACCAGACAUCCUGGUACGCUGGAAGUAGGCCCUACUAUGUUUUCAUUUGGUAGAGAUUGUUUGUCUGUGCUAUAACAGGUUGUGCUGAGGUCAUCCGAGUGAUGCUCAAAGACCAAGGGGAAGAGUUUGACGAGAAGGUUGUCACCAUGGAGAUGUGGAUGGAGGGCACUCUCAAAGCCAGCUGUGUGAGUCUAUGACUACUACCACGGUAACCAGUGGUACCAUAGUCAAGUCAUGUUAUUACAUUUCACCUCACUUUUACAGUACAUGCAGACAAACAUGUCUUCAUUAAUUCAGUUGUAUCUGAGAAGGGAGUAACCUUCAAAAAAGAUUAACCUUCAAAAGUGUAAUAAAUGUGUAUCCUUAUGAUGUGUGCUCUUAAUAUUAAUCAAUUGAAAUAAAUGUUGCUGUUUUACACAAGGUCUCUAGGACCAGCUUAUAAUUAUAUAUUUUUUUGUAUUGGAAAACAGUAAUUUUGACAGUGAGUUUUAUUAGCACUAUGGGUUCACUAUUCACUGUAAAAAUGCUGCAAAACUGCUUGCAAAAAUGCUGCAACACCCCGAGGGCUUGUUCAACUUCUCCUGAUUCUGGGGAUUGGCUGAAUGUUUACUGAAACACCCUUGACAUUGUUCUCCUAACAAGGCAGUUUAGAUAGCAACGUAGCAAACAUGACACUGGCAUCCCGGGCUUCUAAGCAACAACACCCAUGUGGGCCUUACAGAGAGAGCCCUUAACAAGCUCCAUAGGGGGAAGAGGAUAGAUGCAAGAUCAGCCAAACGGAUUCUGACAAACAUAUCAAUACAAAACACAGCUACUACAAAUACUGUCUCAUAACUCAUGCUCAUAAGUUUUUGUGAAUGCACUUAUGUAUUCAUAGAAGGUGUUACCAAAAGGUCAUCUCAGAAUCAUGAAUUUGAAUCAUGACUUUUAGAUGCUAGGUGAUUGAGGAAGUGAUUAAUCACAAUUUAGAUUUUUGAACUAGGAUUAGUGCCCAAUGCAGCCGUUUUUUUAUAUCAAUAUCAAAUCAUUUCUGGGUAACAAUUUAAGUACCUUACUGUGAUAGUUUUCCAUUAAAAUUGACCAAAAUAGCUUUUUAGCAAAAAACUAUUUCUCAAGCGACAAUUUUGCUUGGACGGUCUAGGAAUUGUCUGAGUGGGGAGGGGGAAACUUAAAACUAUCUGUUAUUAGCAGAGAGGUUUGGAACUCUCUUUGUUAUUGGUUUAUUAACCAAUUUACCGCCUAGUGAUGUCACCAGGCAAACUGACACUCCCGCCCAUGCAAAUAGGCUGAUUAGAAAGUCCUGUGUAGAUUGCAUUUUCAACCAGCAUCUAUCAGGAAAUAACCCAAUAAAGAAUUAUCACACUUUCAGUGUUAAUUUUAUCAGCUGUUGUAUAAUAUGAUACAAAACACGGGGAAAAAAUAAUUUUGACUGCACUGGGCCUUUAAUCAUAUUACUUUGAUUUUCGUUUACAGUUGUUUGGUCAGCUCCCUAAAUUUGAAGACUGUGGCCUCACUCUGUACCAGAUCAAUGUGAUAAGGAGGCAUCUCACACGGAAACUUGGUAGGUGGAGGAAAAACAGAAAAACCUGCUUGCAACAUAAUGAGAUUCAUAUUGACUCACCCAUUUUGUGUAAUAUGUCUUGCUCAAUAUCUGUAUCAUAGUUUAGUGAACUAAAGUAGCAGUAUAGAAGUAGUAGAGUAGGACUAAAGUAUUGAAUAUAGGAAAACUAGCUACUUACCUACUGUAACCACAAUGCAAGUUUGAUUGAAUUGAGCCCCAAAUGUAUUAAUAAUGAUAUUUGGUUCCCUAGGACUCCGGUAAAGAGGGGUACCUUAAAGUACUCAUGCCCUUUGUGAAAACCCUGUGCAGAAAUCAAGGAAGCUUUCUGGUUGGCAACAAGAUACAUGUAUUUCUGUUAUCAAAUUAUCAUCAAAGAUGUCAGCUGGCAUAGACUGUACAUCGUGGUAGGGGGUAGGGAGGCACUAGAGUAGCUCAAUUGGGAGCAUGGCGCUUGUAAUGCCAGGGUAGUGAGUUCGAUCCCCGGGACCACCCAUACGUAAAAAUGUAUGCACACAUGACUGUAAGCCGCUUUGGAUAAAAGCGUCUGCUAAAUGGCAUAAUAUUAUAUUAUUAUAGAGGUUGUUUUAUAGACUUCUGAUAGACUGUACAUGGUGGUAGGGGGUAGGGAGGGACUAGGAAUUGUUUUAUAUACUUCUGAUAGACUGUACAUGGUUGUAACGGGUAGGGAGGGACUAGGGGUUGUUUUAUAGACUUCUGAUAGACUGUACAUGGUGGUAGGGAGGGACUAGGGUUGUUUUAUAGACUUCUGAUAGACUGUACAUGGGGGUAGGGAGGGACUAGGGGUUGUUUUAUAGACUUCUGAUAGACUGUACAUGGUGGUAGGGGGUAGGGAGGGGGUAGGGGUUGUUUUAUAGACUUCUGAUAGACUGUACAUGGUGGUGGGGGGUAGGGAGGGACUAGGGGUUGUUUUAUAGACUUCUGAUAGACUGUACAUGGGGGUAGGGAGGGACUAGGGGUUGUUUUAUAGACUUCUGAUAGACUGUACAUGGCGGUAGGGAGGGACUAGGGGUUGUUUUACAGACUUCUGAUAGACUGUACAUGGUGGUAGGGGGUAGGGAGGGACUAUGGGUUGUUUUAUAGACUUCUGAUGGACUGUACAUGGGGGUAGGGAGGGACUAGGGGUUGUUUUAUAGACUUCUGAUAGACUGUACAUGGUGGUGGGGGGUAGGGAGGGGGUAGGGGUUGUUUUAUAGACUUAUGAUUGACUGUACAUGGUGAUGGUGGGUAGGGAGGGACUAGGGGUUGUUUUAUAGACUUCUGAUAGACUGUACAUGGGGGUAGGGAGGGACUAGGGGUUGUUUUAUAGACUUCUGAUAGACUGUACAUGGCGGUAGGGAGGGACUAGGGGUUGUUUUAUAGACUUAUGAUAGACUGUACAUGGUGGUAGGGGGUAGGGAGGGACUAUGGGUUGUUUUAUAGACUUCUGAUGGACUGUACAUGGGGGUAGGGAGGGACUAGGGGUUGUUUUAUAGACUUCUGAUAGACUGUACAUGGUGGUAGGGAGGGACUAGGGGUUGUUUUAUAGACUUCUGAUAGACUGUACAUGGGGGUAGGGAGGGACUAGGGUUGUUUUAUAGACUUCUGAUGGACUGUACAUGGGGGUAGGGAGGGACUAGGGUUGUUUUAUAGACUUCUGAUGGACUGUACAUGGGGGUAGGGAGGGACUAGGGUUGUUUUAUAGACUUCUGAUAGACUGUACAUGGUGGUAGGGAGGGACUAGGGUUGUUUUAUAGACUUCUGAUAGAUGUACGUGGUGGUAGGGAGGGACUAGGGGUUGUUUUAUAGACUUCUGAUAGACUGUACAUGGUGGUAGGGAGGGACUAGGGGUUGUUUUAUAGACUUAUGAUAGACUGUACAUGGUGAUGGUGGGUAGGGAGGGACUAGGGGUUGUUUUAUAGACUUAUGAUAGACUGUACAUGGUGAUGGUGGGUAGGGAGGGACUAGGGGUUGUUUUAUAGACUUAUGAUAGACUGUACAUGGUGAUGGUGGGUAGGGAGGGACUAGGGGUUGUUUUAUAGACUUCUGAUAGACUGUACAUGGUGGUGGGGGGUAGGGAGGGACUAGGGGUUGUUUUGGACCGGGACCUCUCAUGUACUCAUGGUCUCUUCCUCUUUCUUGCAGAUGUCCUUAGCCUACUACACCCUCAUGCUCCUGCUGAUCCACCACCAAGUCCUCAGCCCCCCUUGCCUUGAUGCCUUCCAGAAGUACCUGAGGAGGCUGUGUGCCCGACCCAACCUGCACGCUUACCUCGAAAGUGAGGACUUCAAGAACAGACCCAUCAUUCCUGGGAAGAGAGCCUACAGUCCAUUUGGCCCUAGUCCUCUUACCUUACCUCAAUAUUAUGUGGUCCUCUGUAGCUCAGCUGGUAGAGCACGGCGCUUGUAACGCCAAGGUAGUGGGUUCGAUCCCCGGGACCACCCGUACACACAAAAAAAAAAUAUGUAUGCACGCAUGACUGUAAGUCGCUUUGGAUAAAAGCGUCUGCUAAAUGGCAUAUUAUAUUAUUAUAUUAUACAAUAUCCAAUAUGCCUCAAUAUUAUUAAAGCAUGUAUACAUUCAACCAGAAUGGAUCACCCUGCAUUGUAAUUUGGCUGUAUAUUGAGUACUGUGUGUCUUGGAGUUGCUCUUGCUUAAUAUUUUAAAGAUAAUCUCCUUUUCCUUUUAGAAUAAGUGAUGCUGGAUCCUAUUGACACCUGUAGAGACAAUUGACUGAAAUGCUGUCUCAAGUAUUGCAUUACAAACAGCAGCUCAACUUACACACUGUAAGAGCCAGUUAUGGUUGUUGUCAGGUGUCAAAUUAAAAAAGAGUGUGAGAGACUGUAUAGGUAGGAUGAUCAGGUUUGGUAUUUGCAGUCCUAUAUAAUGAGCAUUUAAUUUACUACAAUAAGAACAUAGGUCUAUUCUUUGGAUGUAGACUCAAUGACUUGAGGGAAGGUGUGUGUUUUUUUGUUUAUGUCUCUGGAAGAUUCUUUGUGCAAAUAUGGGGUCUACUGCAGACAACUCAUUAAAAGAGACACAUUGGGCCUAGGAAAUGCCAACGUUAUGAAGCACAAUUUUACAACAUGCUGUGGCUUGGCCUAAUUCCAGCAUGUAUGGACAGUUGAACUGAAGCAUGGUCAUCGUGGAGCAGGCCUCGGAUAAGGUAUUUAUUGGAUGCUCACAUGAGAAUCUUGAUAUGACUUCAAGAUACAGUAGGGAAGAGCAGUGCAGGAUGACUCUGGCUGGCUACAAAAGCUUUUAAUCCAGACUUUGAUUAUAUUUUACCAAGUCAUAGAAACUAGUCUGACCAUUGCAAUUCCAACUAUUUUGAUAAUAAGCACAGCCUUGCCUUGUAUACUAUCGUGACAAUGGGACUUCUUUGGACUUGAAAGCAACCCUUGAGACUACACUUGGGAAUGAGUUUUACUUUUGUAUCAGGUUAUCAUUAUUGAUAUAAGCUAUAGCACUUUGGGAUCCUUUCACCAACAAAAAAAGAACCUUUACUAGUCAUUCAAGGCAACAGUGUAACUAACGUCAAUGGUGUAAGUCAGUAUGACUUUGCAGAAAGUGACAGAUGUGGGCGUGUAGUUGGGAGUUUAAAAAGGGACAACCCCCAUUCAAUUUUCAGAGCCACCUUGAAGUAAAUGAGAGCCACCUUGAAGUAAAUCACUGCGACACCUGCAUCACAAAAGUAAGUAGCUUUAAACAACAAUUGAAAAUAUAGCUACGUUAUAAUAAAUAAAGCGACGUGCAAUAGAUGGCUAGGAUUUCAGGAUUUAUACAGCGCACGGUCAGAUGUUUGUCCUAAGUCGGUCGUGCACGCGGGCGAGCUAUUUGCCAUUGAAUUAUGUUAACUUUAACUAGCCUACCUUGCCAUUUAAUUCAUUUUGCAACUAGAACUGAUCCUCGACGGUCAACUAAAAAUAGGACCAAUAGCUAACGUUAGCUAGUUGGAAGGUAUUCUAAUUUCUUGGCUAAAAACCUGGUUUAUGUAGCAAACUGCACAACCGAUUGCCCUCCCACCAAGUUAUGCAUGGUGGUUGACAGUUGGAAUGUUUUUACUUUCAGAAUUCAUUUCAAGUUUCGUACUCGAGUAUGUGUAUCCUUGAGUUGGUUGAAGUGCUGUCAGACUGACUGGGUGAACUUGAGCGUCCUGGCUAGCUAGACCAGGGGUGUAUUCAUUAGUCUGAUACCGUUGCAAACGUUAAACGUUUUGCAACGAAAACUAGUUUCUAUUGGCCAAAUUCAGGUAGGUCCCCCGUUUAGUUCCAUUUGCUCUGGUUGCUUCCGUUUGUUUCCUAGAAUAAACGGUUUGCAACAGACAACGUUUUGCAACGGAAUCUGACUAAUGAAUACACCCCUGACAUGACCCGGGUGCUUGAUGUGCUAAAACGCCAUGGACGCCAGACUGGCCACACUGCGAGAUUUGUUUGCCAACAAAAACAAUAAUUUAUUCAAAUAUUCCAAGGUGCAUGGGAUUUUCACAUGCAAAUAGUACUUACAACUUGGCCUAUACUUAAGCAAAAAGGCACCUUGGGGGUUUGUGGUAUAUUGCCAAUAUACCUGGGCUAAGGGCUGUUCUUUAGCCCUGAUAAAUUGGCAAUAUAACACAAACCCCUGAGGUGCCUUAUUCCUAUUAUAAACUGGUUACCAACGUAAUUGGAGCAGUAAAAAUAAACGUUUUGUCAUACCUGUGGUAUAUGGUCUGAUAUGCCACUGCUGCCAGCCAAUCAGCAUUCAGGGCUCGAACAUCCAAGUUUAUAUUAUAAACCACGAGUAUGACAAAACAUUUUUAUUUUUACUGCUCUAAUUAAGUUGGUAGCCAGUUUAUAAUAGCAUUAAGGCACCUCAGGGGUUUGUGGUAUAUUGCCAAUGUGUCACGGCUAAGUGCUGUGUCCAGGCACUCCGCGUUGCGUCUUGCUUAAGAACAACCUUUAGCCGUGGUAUAUUGGCCAUAUACUAAAGUCUCUUUUUUGGUUUUAAAAAGUUUCAUUUACGGGGCACAAAACCAUCUACUUUGUCUGAAUCCAUGUAAUAAAAGUUGAAAUUUGUCAGAAAUAUUUUAAUCAAAGUCUAGUUUCUUGUAAUGAAUUGACACAUGUUUUGUAUCUCCUCUUGCCAGUGGGUCCCUACACAAUCACUUACUUUGGAGUCCGAGGUAUGUGGAGCCAGUUAAUCCUAUUCGACAUCACACACAGAGCCUGGUUGUUUUGAAGUAAUAAUAGCCGACCAUUGGAGAGUGCAUGGUUGUUCAUGCAUUCCCUGUUAUAAUAAGCUUUGAUAAUAUAGCUAGCUAUUAUCAAAUAUUUUCUGCAUUUCGACCGUCUCUAAACAAAAUGUUGUAGGCUAUGUAUAGUGAUGGAGUAAGAUUGUUUGAAGUCAAAGACAAAAGCCUUGCACCUGUUACUGCUCACAUUCAUGAAAUGUGAACUUAUUUAGUGUCAUAUCCAAAGACCGUAUCUCCGUCAUUCAUUACCCAGAAGCCUCUACUGCAGCAGCUUGAAUCAAUACUCAAUAUUGUGUUUCUAAUGGUUUUAUAACAUAAACUGGAGGUGAAGUCAUUCCAGGUAAUCUUAACACCAUGUGUGAUCUUUCACAUAGAUGAUAUGAUCUGGAUUUCACCCACCUUGCAGCCUCACCCAUCCCUUUUGAUUGUUAUCACAGAAAAUACUUGGACUACUAGUUUGGCUCAGCUGGCCUCCAUGAUCACCGUUCAUACACUUAAACAGUCUGUGUUCCUUCUGUGUCUGCAGCUUAAAUUAUUCCUGGUGCUUUAGCAAUGAGAAGGGCUGGCUUUCUGUCAGGAGCAUGUGACCCAGAUUAAUGUGGGGUGAACAAUCAGGUCAUGGGACUUGAACCCCAAAAAUAUUUUGGACUUGAAUAAUCAAGAAUGGUCGUAUAAAUAAUCCCAGAGAGAAGGUAGCCAUUUUAUUUCUGGAUAGAAGCUGCCUUUUUAUAGACCUACUACUGUACAUCAACAAGAAAGCAAACUUUGCUCCCUUCAUAUUUUAUUUCACCUUACAAUCUUACCUGUUUAUUAUUUAAACAAUUUAUCUAGUCUGGAAGCAUAUAUUUACCCAACACUAGUGCUAUUUAUAACUCGUUAGAUCUGUGCCAAAACCUAUUAUGAUGCCAAAGUGUCUUAUGAUUGAGAGCUGUUUUUGUUUUGGUUGACCUGUUCUAACUGUCUCGUGUACCACAGGGCGCUGUGGCGCUGUGAGGAUCAUGAUGGCCGACCAGGGCCAGGAGUGGAAGGAGAUCCUGGUGGACUUUGCUGACUGGAUGAAAGGAGAUUUGAAAGCCACUUGUGUGAGUGGGUAAUGGAUCAUUCCUUUGUUACCAUCUUUCAUUUGUCAACCUGUUCAGAUUAGCCAGGGAUGAUGGUCUGUUAAUAAUAGCUGGAAUGUGUUUUUGAAGGACGAUCGGUUUGUUUAGUGUACACUGUUUGUUUUUGAAUACCUGUACAUUCCAUUAUUCAUAUUGAUGUAAAGACAUAUUACCUCAUUAACUCUGUUACCAUCAAUGUAGAGUUGAUUCAUCUACAAUAAAUAUGUAAACCCUAUGUCCUUAUUAGUUGUUACAAUCUAUAAUAAAUAACAACUUUAUUUUUUGGUUUUAGGUAUUUGGUCAGUUGCCCAAGUUUGAAGAUGGAGGAUUGGUCCUGCACCAGUCAAAUGCCAUUCUGAGGCACUUGGGCCGCAAUCAUGGUAAUUGCUCUCAAUUGUAAUGUCAUAUACACGGAGUAUACAAAACAUUAAGAACACCUGCUGUUUCCAUGACAUAGGCUGACCAGGUGAAAGCUAUGAUCUCUUAUCGAUGUCACUUGUUAAAUCCACUUCAAUCAGGAUUUUUAAGCCUUGAGACAACUUAGACAUGGAUUGUGUGUGUGCCAUUCGGAGGGUGAAUGGGCAAUAAAAAGGAUUUAAGUGCCUUUGAACAGAGUAUGGUAGUAGGUCCCAGGUGCAGCGGUUUGUGUCAAGAAUUGAAGCUGUUCUGAGGGCAAAAGGGGGGAGGUGUUCCUGGUGUUUGGUAUACUCAGUGUAUUUACAUUGUUUUCCUCACUCCAUUUAUGCUUUAUAAUCUAUCAAAUAUUAGCUUGAAAUGUUAUUUAUACUUUCACCUAACUCGAACACACAGAUGCCUAUGGGAAAGAUGGCAAGGAGGCCGCCCUCAUUGACAUGAUGUCUGAUGGCGUUGAGGACCUUCGUCUUAAAUAUGGAAAAAUGAUUUACCAGGAAUACGUAAGUAUUCACCAAGGCUGAAGGGUACAGUUCAUAAAAAAUGUUUAACCUGUACUACUGCAGUGUAGUAAAAAAACAUUUGGUUCAAUGUGUGAGACAGUGUUUUUUAUGUAGCUAACAGGAUUUCCGAUAGGGAAAUGUGGCACCUGACAACGUGACCGGGAAGAUUUUAAUUUACUGGGCAUUUGAGAAAUCUAUUGGACCCAGGUGCAUUGGGUGCAUAACCAGUAGGGCGUCUGCCCAUAGUGCUCAGAAUGACAGAAAUCACAUUUAGAUUGUGGUAAUGCAUGAAGCAAAAAUAACAUGCUAAACAAGCAAUAAAAAACCUGACUGAAUGACUGGUCGCCACUGAAUAGGAUACAUGAUGACUAACAAAAAAUACACAGGCUAAUUUAAUUCAAAAAGUAUUCUAAUUAAUCUAUAGACCGAUAAGCAUUACGGUGAAAUGUAUUUCCAUCAAUGAAUAAAAAGCAUAAUGUUGCAAUGUUCGUUUUUUUUUCUCCCUUACAUUUUGGCAGGCAACAGUUGCAUUAUCGGCUUUUCAUUUGCUAGCUAACAGAAACCCUGGUAGCUUAAUAGGUAAACAUUUAUGAAGUGUCAUUAUGAUUAAACGCAUUCUCUUUUUGGUAGGAUACUGGUAAAGACUCAUAUAUCAAAGGCCUUCCUAACCACCUCGACAAGUUUGAAGCUGUGAUGGCCAAAAACAAGACUGGUUUUCUCGUUGGUGACAAGGUAACCAAUCCUGCAAUGCACCCAAACAGAGGGCUAUUGAAUUAUGGAGUAAUUUACCAAAAUGUAUUAAUUAAAUGUUUUAGUUCUCUUGUAAUCUCAGUACCGUCUGUUACCUCACAGACCUAGAAUGAGUAGAACAUGCAUCGCCAUUCAAGUUAAUGAUGCCAUCAUGAGUCUCUUUCUAUGUUCCCUAUCCUACAUAGCCUUCGUUUGCCGACUACAGUCUGUUUGAAGUGCUGCUCAACCACCUGGUGCUCUGCUCCAGUUGCCUGGAUACCUUCCCCUCCCUGAAGAGCUUUGUCGAGAAGAUGUCUGCCCGUCCUAAAAUCAAUGCCUUCCUGGACUCUGAUGCCUACAAAAAACUGCCCAUUAAUGGCAAUGGCAAACAG